UAUUCCCCAGCAGAGGUCGCGGUUACUCCGCCCACUCGCCCCCGCUGCGGCUAUCAGGAAGCGGAAGCAGGAAUGUGGGACGUCUCUGGAAAGUUUGGACGUCUGACAGUUGGACAGAAGAGACAAGACGUGUGGACCAACAUGACGGUGCGUUGGCAGCUGCUGAUGUUACCAUAACGACCCCAGUCGCGCUCGGACUGGUAGACCACAUGGAGAGGGUGACCAUCGUACUGGACCCCGCCGUCCCCGCUCCAGAUCCCAGCGGGCCGCCGGACUCUAGCCUGGCCUCCUUGCGGCGCCGCGCCUGGGCCAAGAGCCGAGAAUCCACCUGGCAGGAGACGCUUAAAGCAGAGGCCCCGAGCCCCCAGGGGGCCCAGCCCAGUUGCGGUGGCACUAAUGGAGAUUCUCAGAGACCCUCAGAAGAAGCAGGACUGACACCCAACAAGAUCACCAGUUGGCUCGACCAAUGCAGGACUCCGCUGGCUGUCUCCCUGGAUGACCAGAGUGCGUCUCCCAGCAAAGGAGUGCUGAGGAACGGCUGCAGCUUCGAAGAUGACCUCUCCCUGGGAGCUGAAGCCGACCAUCUUCAAUCCGGCAACAAGAAGACUGGAUCCUGCGCUGGUCUCGCCGCCAACCAGAAGAGGAGUCAGUUCAAAGAAAAAGGAAGAAGUAUGAACUCCACUGGGUCCGGGAAGAGCAGCACCGUGUCUAGCUCUGGUCUCUCAGGUCGUUUCCGUCAGAUCGAGGCCUUGACCAACGUGGCCAACACCUUCAUCCAGCUCUACGGACACGUUUCCGGUCAGCAGGUCCGAAGUUUCAGCAGCAGGGAUCAAGGGGGUGACGUCGAUGGACGGGCAGACAGCGCCAAAGAGGAGUCGCCGUCGCCUCUGAAGAAGAGAAACCCGGCCCUCAACGCGGCCAAGCUGCUGAAGAAAACGCUGAGCAAGCACCACCUGCUGACGGCGUCCUCGGAGUCAUCAGGCUCCGGUGCGUCCAGUCAGGCCACCGACAGAAGUCAGCCCGACCCCAGCCUCGCCAACGGCCACCCGGCACAGGACAGCGCUGCUGAGCACGAUCACCACUCCGACGCCGCCGGCCAGAAGCACGCUCGCAAGAAGGACAGCUGCUCCCUGGAGACGGUCGCUGAGGAAGCCGGCGGGGAUGGCGAGGAGACGGAGCGCCUGAAAGACGACAGCAACCCUGGACCCGGCGGCGAACAUCAGCCGGACUCUCACCCGGCCAGUCGGACAGAAGACAAACAAACGGCAGGAGAAGAUGAAAAGAAGGUCACUUCAGUCGCUGACAGAGCUCCUCCCACCCUGGCCCCGCCCCAGCUGCUUCAUUUGCGGACGGAGAAGACCGAUUCCUUCGACAUGGAGGAGAUUCAGAGUAACGAAGGCGACACUCUUCUAACCAGAACGUCCAUGGUCUCAGACCUGCUGAGGACAGCCAGCCAGCAUUCCGACAGCAGCGGCUUCGCUGAGGAGCCGUCCGUGGACUCGGGCAACCUCAAGGUGCAGGAGAGCAGUGACAGCUGUGACAGUGAGACCACGGUCACGUCGCACCCUUCACAAGACGUCUCCACGCCCGUCGCUCUGGACCAACCGUCCUUCCUCCUGCCAGACCGCCACACGGAGGAGGCGGAGCCAGAUAGUGCGAUUGAGGCUGCUGGGAGUUCCCAGGAAGCGGACGAGUGUGACGGAAAUUCCGAGCCGGUCCCACAGUACACAGCCCACCAGCUUCCCAAGGACUGUCCGCUGGAUGACACCCAAUACGCAGGGCAGGGCGGGAAUAACUUGGAGCCGGAACCAAGUCCGGAGCAGGAAGACAGUGCAGUGAGUACAGGACCUUCCUUCAGUCUCCCCGCUCCUAACUCUCCUGUUCUCGGUGCGCUGAGUCGGGCCAAGCAGCGGCUCGGCGACAAAUGUCUCGCUCUCAAUAGGAGGCGGCAAAGAGGAGGCCUCCCCCUGCAGAGGUCGUCCUCCCUCCCCACCUCACUGCUCUCGCCCGCCAAGGUGGUGUCGUCCGUCAAGAUCGAGUUUGGCCGGGGACAGACGUCUUUCAGCCAGCCCCGCUACGCCUUCCGCUACAUCCAGGAGCCCCCUAGCGACGCUGCCUCGUCCACCUGUAUCUCCACUCUGCUCAUUAACCACUCCUCCAAGUCCAGCGACCAAUCAGGGCUCCUCACGGAAGACUCCGCCCCGACCCGCCAUGUCCACUCCUCGUGUUCCCUCAGAUGUGCCAGUCCUCAACUGGACUGGCCAGACAGGGGUGGUGCCUCACCCUGGAUCACCCAAAGCGUACCAGAUCUCUCGUCCAAUCAGGAACAGUUUGGCGUAGCGCCCGAUCAGAGCCGGCAGAGUUUCAGUCCCGGACCGGUCAUGUUCAUUUCCCCGAGUCCAAGUCCCACUCCCAACCCGAGAUAUGUGGCCCCGCUCUCCGCCCCCCCGGUCAACUCCUUCUUGUACCCUACGCCCUUCCAUCCCUACGCCAGCCUUCCAAACCUCCAGCACCACCUCUAUUCCAGCAUGCCCAGCCUCCACCCUCAGCCCUCUGUGGCCACGCCCCCCCAGCAUGCCAACCUGCCGCUGCCUGCCAUGGCCACGCCCCCCCACUACACCAGCCUGUGGAACCUUCACCCAGGCGCUCCCACAAUGCACCACUUCCAUCCCAACAGUCAUCCACUGUACCACUCCGCCCCUCACACCCCGCCCUACCUUGGUUUCCAUGGCUACGACAUCAACCAGGACCACAGCCUGCGUCGGGGAAGCGCCCCUCCAGGCCCGGGUCUGGGCCCCCACCCUGUCUUUUCUCCAGGCUCCAGUCAGGUCUUGUCCAGUACGGAGAUGCAGCUUAGGAGAGUUCUCCAUGACAUCCGAGGGACAGUCCAGCGUCUGAACCAGGAUCACACUUCUGACUUGUCCAAUGAGCACACAGCGUCCUGCCAGCAGUCCCUGGCCGAGCUCCAGCAGAAGAGGCGCAGUCUCAGCUUGUUCCGCACACAGAUGAUGGACCUGGAGCUCUCAAUCAUUCGACAGCAAGCCGCGGUCUACAAACACCUGAGUCCAGGUGACAGGCUGGAGGUGGAGCAGCUUCAGUCUCUGAGGUCUGCAGUCAGAGACGAACUGUUGGAGCUGGAGCAACAGCUGGAGGACAAAGUGAUGGAGCUGACGCAACAUGGGCCAAGCAAGGGUCUCCAUGGCAACAGCAGUAUUGACAAUUUGUGUACGACGUCCGCACUGAGAGCAAUGGAGCCGGUGUCAGAUCUCCUCAGAGAGCAGCGCCUCCUCCAGUCGCAGCUCAGCUAUGAGGACGACGACGACACCGCCUCCGCGCUAACUUCCUCACCGCCCACCAGUCACGCACGGAGCCAGGGCGCCGACCAGCCUCCGGGCGUGUUCCGGGCUUCCAUCAACAUCACCCCCGCCCCGCCUCCCCGGCCUAACCGACAGGGGGUGGUAGAGGAGGGGAGUGAGGCACCACGGGGGGAGGAGGAGGAAGAGUCGGGGCCAGAAGGCCUCAAGGGGGAGACCCUGCAGGACCUCAUCAGAGAGAUCCGGGAGAGCGUGGCCCAGGAGGUCCGACGGGAGAUCUACAACGAGCUGAUGGCCGCCAUAUCGCCACGCCGGUCACCAAUGUAGCCGCGGGCGCCACCACUGUCUUGUCUGUAUCACUGUAAGAGCCGCCUGGCCGGGCCGCCACACUGAAUGUCUUAACACUGCAUGGGAUACACACACCCCAUUUACUGUACAUGUGGGCGAGUCUGCUUUUCACCUGAAACCUCUCCAAGUACCGACCUAACAUGACAACACAGUUUUAUUGAACAAGUAUAUCUGUGGCCAGUUUGAACAGUAACACUGUGUUUAAAUAUUUAAUGGGAUGAUUUUUGGCCGUGCCACUGUUUUACAAUCGCUGCCAGAAAGACCUAGACCAGCACUAACCAAGGGGGCCAAAUAGUUUUUUUUAUUCUGAAAAUAAAAUAUAACAAAACUAUUUAGAAGGAGAUACAUUGAGUUUUUGGUACAAAUAAUUAAAAUAAUAAUAAUGUGCAAAGUGGGACAUUUGCAGCUUGUUCUUUUUUGGGGGGGGGGCCUCGCAUCAAAUUGUAAAAACAUAAAAAUGAGAGGACUAAUAAUUAUAUAAAUGAACACGUUUAUAGUUUUAUAAAUAACUUAUCUUUUUUUUUUUUUUUUUGAGAAAAUAUGAAAAUGGCCUUUUUUUUUUUUUUUUUUUUGAUGUUUUGAUGCUAACAAAGUUUGGACCUCAAAAAGAUUGAAUAGUGUAAAAACUUUCCAUCACUGCACAACAAAACAACAAACGCUACAUUGUGGCGCUCUGUGCUCCUUUAGUGUUUACAUUCCAUCCCACACGCAUUUGGUCAGAUGUGCCUCCCAAGUUUUUGUUUGUUGUUACGCGAUAAAAGUAACAUGUCGAAUAACAAACCACACAAUUAGCAUUAGCUGUUAGCCACCCGCGACUACGUCACGAGCUAACCUUUUAGCCGUGUGGGAUAUAUAUAUAAAUGGUCAGUCCCACUUAUCGACUAAAAACAUUUUGAAUGGGAUUAUUAAUGUUCUGUCUGGACUCUCAAUUUGAAACGUACUAGUUUGGCCGUAAUAGCGCCGAAAUGGGCGACGUUUUGACGUAAUCAUUCGGAAAGCGUAGCGUACCAAAACCGUAUUUGUGAAAAUAAACAUGGAGCUGAAGAACGUAGAUGUCGUUACACCAGUUAGAAUAAAUUCAUCAGUUACGUCUCAGAAAACGGUGGUUGUAACCGAUGAAAACGUUGGAGUAGCGAGGUCACGUGAGGGUGUGCGGAUGUUGUCACGGCGACGACGAUAUAAAAGGGCGAGGCUAGUGAGGGGCCUCGGCUAUGUUGUUAGCAUUUGUAAAAGGAGUAUAAAUGGUCAGUCCCACUUAUCGACUAAAAACAUUUUGAAUGGGAUUAUUAAUGUUCUGUCGAAGGCAUUUUGUGCAUUAUUGCAAUCAUCCAAUGGAAUAUGGCGCACUCUUGUGUCCAACUUGUUGUGUGUGUGUGUGCGUGUGUGUGUAUGUGUGUGUGUGCGUCGUUUCCCACUUGCCUUUUAACGACCGUGUGUGUUUCGUACUGAUGCUGCGCCGAUGUGGGGAGGGCGACAGAGAAGAAGAAUAAAGAUGUAUUUAUUUUCA